AGUAGGAAGAGCAGUUUGUAACGAACAGAAUCACAGAAACCCACUUCUCUCCCAUUCCCAACCCAACGGUUUCAUAUUUGUCUCUUUCUCUUCUUCUCUGUGCUCACUCACUGAUCAAGAAGCCCUUGGGGGUAAACUGAAACUUAAAGAUUUCUUCAAAGUUUCGUUCUUUAUUUCCAAAAGAUCCAAACCCAGCAGCGGAUCUCUGUCUUCAGCUCCAAUUAUGAGGCGAAGAAGCGCAGAUUUUCGAAGACCAGGGAAGAGGAGGCUCCAGGAUGUAGUGUGGUGGAUAUCGAGUUCCGUUUUGAUUCUUUUCUUUAUUUAUAUUCUCGCCAAAGGUUCCACCAAAAUCGACUCCGCUCACCAAUUCUCAAGGAGAACUUUCAGGCGUGACAGGGUUAUUGAAGGGUUCAAUGUUACGGACGAGAUGUUAAGUCCUGAGUCUGUGACCAGACAAAUUAAUGAUCAAAUCUCACUGGCAAAAGCUUUUGUUGUAAUUGCCAAAGAAAGUAACAACCACCAAUUUGCUUGGGAGUUAACUUCUCAGAUCCGCAUUUCACAGAUUUUUCUCUCAAAUGCUGCCACGAGGCGUACUCCAUUAACAAUCAAGGAAUCAGAAUAUGCAAUUCGUGAUAUGGCCUUGUUACUGUUUCAGGCCCAGCAGCUCCAUUAUGACAGUGCAAGCAUGAUCAUGAGACUGAAAGGAAAAAUUCAAGGUCUUGAAGAACAGAUGAGUUCUGCAAGUGAGAAGAGUUCAAAAUAUGGACAAAUAGCUGCUGAAGAAGUCCCAAAGAGCCUAUUUUGCCUUGGUGUCAGGUUGACAUCUCAAUGGUUCACGAAUCUGAGCCUGCAGAAGAAUUUGAAGGACCAAAGACAAGUGGACAUGAAACUGAAGGACAAUGAUCUUUACCACUUCUGUGUCUUUUCUGAUAAUAUCCUCGCUACCUCGGUUGUAAUCAAUUCCACUUCGAUAAAUUCCAAAAACCCAGAUAAGAUUGUUUUUCACCUUGUCACAGAUGAAAUAAAUUAUGCUGCAAUGAAGGCAUGGUUUUCUUUGAACGAUUUUCGAGGGGUGACAGUUGAAGUUCAAAGGUUCGAAGACUUCAGCUGGCUGAAUGCUUCAUACGUUCCUGUGCUUAAGCAGCUACAAGACUCAGAGAUACAGAACUAUUAUUUCAAAGGCAACAAUGAUGAUAACAAAACUCCCAUCAAGUUCAGGAAUCCGAAAUAUCUGUCCAUGCUUAACCACCUGAGGUUCUACAUCCCUGAAGUUUUUCCUGAGCUGAAGAAAGUGGUGUUCCUGGAUGAUGAUGUUGUGGUUCAGAAGGAUCUCUCUGAUCUUUUCACCAUUGAUUUGAACGGGAAUGUGAAUGGAGCGGUUGAGACAUGCAUGGAGACAUUUCACAGAUACCAUAAAUACUUGAACUACACACACCCUCUGAUAAGAACACAUUUUGACCCUGAUGCUUGUGGGUGGGCAUUUGGGAUGAACGUGUUUGAUUUGGUUCAAUGGAGGAAAAGGAACGUGACAGGAAUCUACCACUAUUGGCAAGAAAAGAAUGCAGACAGAACAUUGUGGAAACUUGGUACCUUGCCACCUGGGUUGUUAACCUUCUAUGGGCUCACUGAGCCAUUGGAUCCAUCAUGGCAUGUGCUGGGUUUUGGCUACACAAAUGUUGAUCCUCAGUUGAUAGAAAGAGGGGCUGUUCUACACUUCAAUGGGAACUCUAAACCGUGGUUGAAGAUUGGAAUGGAAAGGUACAAGCCUCUGUGGGAAAAGUACGUGGAUUAUUCUCACCCAUUAUUGCAACAGUGUAAUUUUCAUUGAUUUUCUUCCCACUGCGUCAUGAUGAUGACGGUAGUAGCAAAAAUAGUCAUACACAUACAUAUAGUAAAGUAACCAAUCGUUCUUGAUACAUUUUUUAGUUUUUAAGAGUUUGAGAGUUUGUAACCAAAGGUCGAACAUCCACCUUAGCAUGGCAUCGAAGUUUUAAAGAUUUAUGCCAAUUUCUCCUCAGUUCUUACAUUUUUCAUGAAAA